AUGGACUUUUUGCUUCCAGAGUUCUAUCUCUGCCUCACGACUUCACGCCGACUAUCACAAGCUUUUGGAGUUCUAUUUCUCUCAGCCUCCAUCUCUCACUCUCAUCUCAACUCAUCUCUCUCUGCCUCACGAAGUCACGCCGAUUGUAGCUUCCAGAGUUCUAUCUCUGCCUCACGCCGACUAUCUCAGCAGGAUGUAGAAGGAGGUCAACAGCCAUCAAAGAAUUAUAUCAGGUAUGCAACACGUCAAAAGCGAGCUGAUUCUAAGAAGGCAUUGAAAGAUCUUCUGAACAAAAGUGGGGCCUCCAAAUUUUCAUUUCAAGAUGAUGACUCAAUGUGGAGACCUGGUGGGUAG